CCGAAAAGCCAGGUCGUUCGCUCGGGUCCGACACGAUGAAUGUGAGCUGGUACCGGCACGAGAGCUUCGCGUGGGCCCGCAACAAGAGCGUCCGUGUCCGGCCGAGCAGUGUCGCGUUGGCUGUCGGACCAUUCGUGCCAGAGGCUCCGAAAGGCCGGCACAAGCUGACCCAUCUCGCAAGCCUCGUCGUUUGGAUCACUCUGUCAAUCAACUCGCUCCUCGACCCGAUCAAGACCCUGUACGGCUACUAUCUCUACACCGAGAGCAACCACCGCGAAAGCGUGUGGGCGAUUGUCGUCUCCAACACCUUCAACAACGCCUCGUCCCGCGUUUGCGACCCCCAUAGGUCGUUCCUCGACUGCUACUACGAGCUACCAGUGUACGGCACGGGGUCGCUCGCCGGUGCCACAUGUCGGUCGUACUACCCAGUCGAUAAGAGCGACACGCAGCACAUUGGCAGCUUCUUUGGCAACUGCACGCUCCCAACGGACACCGGCUCGACCUGCCCAUGGUCGCUGCAGACCGCGUCCGCCGAUCGCAGCUGCCUCGCCACGCUUGGCGAAGGCGACGCGUUUCCGUGCGACUCGUACACGACGGGGAGUGGGCGCGUCAUCAACUACCGCGUGAGCAAGACGUCGACGACCAAGUGGUGCAAGGAGUUUGGCGGCUACUUCAUACGCAACCUCCACACUGGCAUCCAAGAGGUGCUGGUGGCCAACGUCUCGAACGCGUCAGCCCCCGUCUUCUCGAGCCUGCGCCUCGACUACUUGACACCCGUGUUCAGUCUGGAAGACCUCCUCGGGUGUGCGGGUGACUUUUACGUCGGCGGCACUGCCGGCCACACGACAACGACGGCGUGGUACGGUAACACGGUCGGUGCGUGGACGGCGCGGACGUCGAGCGCGGCCAAAUCGACCGUGGUGACGCGCAGCGUCGACGGCACCUACGUCCUAGCGGCGUUUUCGUGGUUUGAAGGUGCCGUGACUCAGAUUGGCCCCAUGUACAGAGACAUCUCUCGUUGCAGUUUGCUGCUGCUUGUGACCAUGUACCGGAUCUCGUCCAUCUACUAUCCGAUCUGGCUCGUCUACAAGCGGCAGGGCCAGCCCUUCUGGUCGUGGGCCGCAGCGCGCCACAUGGGCCUCGUUUUGCACAAGCGCGAGCGGCGCAGUCUCCCGAUCCUUGCUAUCUUGUCGCUCGAGGCAUUGCUGAGCACGGAGGACAUUGUGUCGAACUGCCAGCACGCCAUUUACACGGUCUCGAGCUCGUAUUCCUCGAUCAUCUUGACGUACAUGUCCAUCACACGCAUCAUCUGGCCCAGCGCGUUGCUCCUCCUCGUCGUCUCGCGGCUCAUCGAGUGGACGGUCGGACCACGCUUUGCGUUUGCUCUCUCGGAAGACCUCUUCCUCCUCGGUGCACCGGUUGUCUGGGUCUACCUCCCGACGUACGUCACGACGCAGGGCAUGACGCUCUUCCAUGGCUACCGCUGGAACGGCGUUAUCGUUCGCCACUACGUGAGCACUAUCCGGAACGCAUACGCGAACCAAAUCGAUAGCUUUGCGCUCUACAUUCAGCUGUUUGGCUACUUUACGGCCAUUUCGUCGGCGACGACCAUCGGCCUCGGCUGUCUCUGGCAAGCGGUGACGCACACGAGCUCGAUCAUGACUUAUUUCCUCUCGCCACAUCGCAGCGCCUGGCGACAUGCCCCGCGCGAGUGCAAGACGAUCGAAGACGUUUUGAUCGCGUCCACGGAGCGGCUUCCACCCGAGAUUGCAUACCAAAUCACCAAAGCCAAGUGGCCACAGUCACAGCAGUGCGAGGCCAUGAACCUCGCGUCCGAGGGUCUUCUUAGCCUCGUCUACGGUCCCUGGCACGUCGUCGGCUUCACCGAGUGGGGAUUUGUGUUCCCACUCAUGAAUGCGAAAGGCCACGCGGCAGUCAUCGAUGGCUGCACCGUCCGGUUUCGACCCGACGUGACGCAUGAGACGCUCGCUAGUCUCGCGGCAACACCGGCUCGCCUCGGGAUCCCAGACCUCGUGUAGCCCUGAGCGCUGUGUAAAUGCUUAUACAAAAACAAC